GUCGUCGCUCACUCUCCGUCUCUCUAAACCCCUUCUCCUUCUCAAGCAAACAACUUCUUCGUCUAGUUUCGUCAUCAACCAUGUCACUUGGAGAUGAUUUUGUGGAAGACGAUGAGAUGAACAUGAGUGAUGAAGACGGAGCAGCAUCUGAUUCUGAAGCAGAGUCUCUUUCAGAUUCAGACAACGAGAUCACCGAGAAGCUAACCGAACCCACAAAGACUGCUGUAUACAACAGAGACGGUCUUCUUGAUAAGCUUCAAGACAUAAGCUGGCCUGAAGAUGUCGAAUGGACUCAUAAACUCACCGUAGAGAUCGAUCAGGGACAAGAAGCCGUUGAUGUAAACGACGACCUCGCUAGGGAGAUGGCAUUCUACACUCAAGCCCUCGAAGGGACGAGGCAGGUCUUCGGGAAGCUCCAGGAGAUGGGGCUGCCUUUCUUAAGACCCGCGGAUUACUACGCGGAGAUGGUGAAGUCGGAUACGCACAUGGAGAAGGUGAAGUCUAAGCUUUUGUAUGAGAAGAAGCAGAUGGAGGAGACGGAGGAGAGGAGGAAAGCUAGGGAUAACAAGAAGAUGGCUAAGGAAGUACAGUCUCAAAAGAUGAAGGAGAGGGCUAAGCAGAAGAAGGAUGAGAUUGAGUCUGUGAAGAAGUGGAGGAAACAGAGGCAGAAGAGUGGGUUUAGUGAGAAAGGUGCGGGGGAGCUUGAUCUUGAGUUUGGUAAUGGCAAGAGUUUUCAGAGAGGUGGUGGUGGUGGUGGUGGUAAGAAGAGACCAGGUGUGUCUCCUGGUGAUAGGUCAGGAGGUAAAGGGAAGUCUGCUUCGAGGAUGAAUAAUAAGAAGAGGGAGUUUAGGGAUUCUAAGUUUGGUCAUGGUGGUAGGAAGGGUUUGAGCAAACAGAAUACUGCAGAGACUACGAAUGAUUUUAAAGGCGGGUUUCGUGGAAGCAAAGCUGGUGGAAGCAACAAGAGACAGAAGAGAUAGAUAAUAUCAGGAUCCUCGCUUCCAUACACACACGUGUAAGACAAAGACAGAACCGACACAAACAUGUAACUAACUCACUACUUUCUCCUUACGGGCAUGAACGUACUACUUUCCCAUUUUCUUUAUUUUAUCUUUUCCUACUACUUUUAUCUCUAUCCUCUGCAUAUUUUUAUUACCCGGAAAAUUACCAAACCCAUUUCCGAAAGACCCAAUCCUUC